UGCGCCCGGAGCCCCGUUCCGCGUCCCCGCCGCCGGGAGGAGGUUCCCGCACACUCGCGGCGCGCGCCGGGCCGCCAGAGUCGGCCUGUGGGCGAUUUCCUCCGGACCCAAGCUCCCCGACCGAGGAGGAAGAUGCAGACCUUUCUGAAAGGGAAGAGAGUUGGCUACUGGCUGAGCGAGAAGAAAAUCAAGAAGCUCAAUUUCCAGGCCUUCGCCGAGCUGUGCAGGAAGCGAGGGAUAGAAGUCGUGCAGCUGAACCUCAGCCGGCCGAUCGAGGAGCAGGGCCCCCUAGAUGUCAUCAUCCACAAGCUGACGGACGUCAUCAUCGAAGCCGACCAGAAUGACAGCCAGUCCCUGGAGCUGGUGCACAGGUUCCAGGAGUACAUCGACGCCCACCCUGAGACCAUUGUCCUGGACCCCCUGCCUGCCAUCAGGACCUUGCUCGACCGCUCCAAGUCCUACGAGCUCAUCCGGAAGAUCGAGGCCUACAUGCAAGACGACCGGAUCUGCUCGCCGCCCUUCAUGGAGCUCACGAGCCUGUGCGGGGACGACACCAUGCGGCUCCUGGAGAAGAACGGCCUGGCCUUCCCGUUCAUUUGCAAGACCAGAGUGGCCCACGGCACCAACUCGCAUGAGAUGGCCAUCGUGUUCAACCGGGAGGGCCUGAGUGCCGUCCAGCCGCCCUGCGUGGUCCAGAACUUCAUCAACCACAACGCCGUGCUGUACAAAGUGUUCGUGGUCGGCGAGUCCUACACGGUGGUGCAGCGGCCCUCACUCAAGAACUUCUCCGCGGGCAUGUCAGACCGUGAGUCCAUCUUCUUCAACAGCCACAACGUGUCCAAGCCGGAGUCGUCCUCGGUCCUGACCGAGCUGGACAAGAUCGAGGGCGUGUUCGAGCGGCCGAGCGACGAGGUCAUCCGGGAGCUGUCCCGCGCCCUGCGGCAGGCGCUGGGCGUGUCGCUGUUUGGGAUCGACAUCAUCAUCAACAACCAGACGGGGCAGCACGCCGUCAUCGACAUCAAUGCCUUCCCGGGCUACGAGGGCGUGAGCGAGUUCUUCACCGACCUCCUGAACCACAUCGCCACCGUGCUGCAGGGCCAGAGCGCGGCCGCCGCGGCUGCGGGGGACGCGGCCCCACUGAGGCACAGCAGGCUCCUGGCGGAGCAGGCGGGCAGCCCGGCGGGCGAGCGGACAUGCAGCGCCGGCCCCGGCUGCUGCGGCAGCAAGGUGGGCCAGGACCCGCCCUGGACGGCGGGGGCCGACGUGGGCGGCGUGGGCACGGGCGGCGCCGCCAAGCUGCCGCACCAGAGACUCGGCUGCACGGCCGCCGUGUCGCCCAGCUUCCAGCAGCACUGCGUGGCCUCCCUGGCCACCAAGGCCUCCUCCCAGUAGCCGCGGAGCCCAGGACCCGGAGGGCGGCGUGGGCCACGGCACAGCCACUGGGCAGGCAGCACCCAGUGGUGGCGUCUGACUGGGAAUUCCCAACGGUCUGAUUUUUUUUUUUUUUUUAAUUUUAAUUUUUAACCUGAUUUUCUGAUGUCGCUAUCUGAAUGAGGACUCGGGGGGUCAGCGGAGGAGAACCCCAGUCAGUGGUCCAGCCUCGGGGAGAAGGGGCUCCUGCCUCAUUCCUGCUGUGCAGAUCCCUCACUGAGUUUACACACGCUUGUGUUUUCAACACUAGGUCUGAGUGUGAGGAGGGGUGUGUGUGCGUGUGGUUGUAGUGUGCGAGUGUGUGUGUGUGCACAUCCACGUCUCGGUCUUGAUGGCUGCUGUGGACCAGGCCCGGGGGCCCUGGGGGGGGCGCUCACCCUUGGUUAGGCUGCUGGCACUCAGCAGAGCAAGUGGACGGUUCCCCUUUCCCGGCUUCUGUCCCAGCCCCACCCACUCCCCGGCCGCCCCUGCGCGGGCGCCCCCUCUGCUGCCCUCCUCCCCGGCUGUGGGAGGAGCGGGCCUGGCUGGAGAGGCCUCGGCCGCCCUUUCCUUGGGGGGUCCCAUGCGGGGGGUCUGGGCUGCUGCCACCUGGUCCCUCCCAAGAAGGGAAGGGGAAGGAAGCUUCCCAGGGAGGCCCGGGCCCUCUCCCCACGUCCAGCCCAGCUCCCUGGCGUCCGCGCACCCCACGCAGCCCCGAGAGAGAGAGAGAGCCUCCUCCUGUGACCAAGCACACCGCGGCUCGUCGGCACCUGGGGGGAGGGCUGCCUGGCUGGGGGCCCCCGGGCUGAUCCCGCCCGUGCCCCGGGUUUGUGCCGUGGCCGUGGGCAGGCCGUUCCGAGAGUGGCCAGGCCUCCGUGUCCUCGGUCGAGACCAGAGCGCCGAAGGGCGGGCCUGACGCCCCGCCCCUGCCGUGCAGCCUGCCUGUCCCCACCCUUGCCCGGCGGGCCUGGCAUCCCUUCCCGUACUCACUGCGAGCCCCGAGCACUGAGCCAGCCAGGGGUGGGGGAGGGCAGCCCCCGGGGUGAGAGAGCACGGUGCCCCCGCCCACGCAGAGUCCCCCCAGCCCGUGGUGGCAGCAGACAGAGCACCAGCUGGCUGUCGUAGCUGCGGUCCAGGCAGGCCGGAGGCCCUUCCUCAGAAGGGCCAGUGCGGGACCCUGCCGUCCUGGGACAGACAGUGUGAGCUCAGGGGCCCGCGUCUAGGGCCCCGAGCGUGCCCUGGCGUCUUAGGUGCCCGUGGACUUCCACACGGAGGGAAAGGCUUCAUGGCCCCGGGAGGCCGGCCCCGAGAGGCCGCUGAGCCAGACACCUGGAGGGGCAUUGGGGCCGGGCUCCAGGGGAGUGAGGUGGCUGCAUUCGGGCUUGGGGUGAGGCGCGGCUGCCACCAGGACUGCCCGGCCGACCCGGACACUGAGGGCCCACUUGUUCACGACUCCGGUGUGGAACCCCGACUGUAAUGUCUGAAUGUCGCCUUUCCCCGGCGUACCCCGAGCCCCGGGGAAGCGGGGAAGCGUGGCCGGCCUCUUGCACUGCUUGUCUCCGAAAUAAACUACUGAAAUCAAACUGCGGUCCACCUGUGUUUACACAACGUUUCUGAAAGUGUGUCACUCUCCCAGUCUUCUAAUAAAGUGGCUUUGCCUUUUCGAAUAAAA